AUGUUGUUACCUUCACAUAUAUCAAAAAAGGACACGACACAAUCUCAAUUACCACUGGAUGAUGAUACAAUACUCUAUAAUAAUACCAAUAGUAACUCUCAUUUGAAUUAUCUUCGUAACAGUAAUGAUAUUCAUUCAGCUCAAAAGAAAAAAAGAAAACAUAAACACAAGGACAAAGGACCAAUAUCAUUAGCUAUUUUGACUGAGAAAGGAAUAAUGAUUAAGUCAAGAAAGCCAACAACGUCAGAACUCUCUGAGAGAGAAUUGGUAAGAAUGUCAAAGGAAUUCUCCGCUAGUAGGACAAGUAUGUCGAGUAACGCAACAAGUUUCAGAAGUAGUAUGGAUAACGAUAGCUCUUUCGAGACUGCAUCACUUAUUAGCUGUGUUACCUGCUUAAGUGAUGAUGGAGACGAUGAUACAUCUUCGAACUCUUCAGUAGAUACAAAUAGUGACCAAAGUCAUAAAUCUAAAACCGAUAUUAAGAAUUCAAAGAGAAAUUCAAACAAUUACAGCUCAAUGAAUGGUCAGUUUCCAACUAAUACGGUGAUAUCCUACGAUAGAAUUUUAAAUGCAGAAACUGUGGAGAAUGAAGAAAGAAUCAAAAUAUUACCAGCUCAAUUGAGCCGCCUUCCAAAUCAACAUAUUAUUGAAAUAACAUUCGCAAAACCAACCAGACAUGAUGUUAAACCAAAAUCAUUAACUUUGGUGAUUGAAAAUAGUGGUACUAAACAAGAAGUAAUAGAGGAAAUUUUGAGUAGAAGUUACAGAAACUCAAAACGCCAAAGAUCUAUACUUGUCAUAAUAAAUCCAUUUGGAGGUAAAAAAAAUGCUAAAAAGAUAUUUAAGAAGAAAGCAAAACCAUUACUCCUGGCCAGUAAUUUUAAGAUAGAUGUCGUGUAUACAAAAUAUCCCUGCCAUGCCGUGGAUAUCGUCAAGAAUAUUAAUAUAGAGAAAUAUGACACAAUCGCAUGCGCAUCUGGUGAUGGUAUCCCACACGAGGUAAUCAAUGGACUCUUUCAAAGACCAGAUCGUGUCGAAGCAUUCAAUAAGUUAGCAAUAACAGAGAUUCCCUGUGGAUCUGGUAACGCUAUGAGUGUUUCAUGCCACUGGACCAAUAAUCCGUCAUAUGCAACCCUAUUUUUAAUUAAGUCAGUUGAAAAAAGAAUUGACAUCAUGUGCUGUAGCCAACCAUCCACACGUUCAGAAUACCCAAGAUUAUCAUUUUUAAGUCAAACAUAUGGUAUAAUUGCUGAAUCGGAUAUCAAUACAGAAUUUAUCAGAUGGAUGGGGCCUGCUAGAUUCGAAUUAGGGGUAGCAUUUAACAUUUUACAAAGGAAAAAAUAUCCAUGUGAUAUAUAUGUGAAAUACCAUGCAAAAAGUAAGAAUGAUUUGAAAUCUCAUUAUCUUAAAUACAAGAGACAACUAGAAGAUUCUGAAGUGGAUAUACUUGAAAAACCCGAAUUAAUAGAACCCGAGAUUAGAUAUAUUGGAGAUGAUGAAUACGAAAGUGAUAUGGAGUCUGAUGAGACGUCGAUGUCAAAUACUCCUGGUAAUCUUGAAUUGAAUAAUGAAAUAACGAUCCAAGACGAUCAAGGUUCAAAUGAACCCGACAUCAAUAAUUUUGUAAUGGAGAGUGAUUUCCAAACGAAAUAUAAAUUUGAAAAUGGCGUUCCUGAUGAUUGGGAAAGAAUUGAUCCUCAUGUCACAAAUAAUCUAGGUAUAUUUUAUUCAGGUAAAAUGCCUUAUGUCGCUGCUGAUACGAAAUUCUUUCCUGCUGCAUUGCCUGCUGAUGGAUGUAUGGAUAUGGUUAUCACAGAUUCGAGAACACCAUUUACCAGGAUGGUUCCUAUUUUAUUAGCUUUAGAUAAGGGGUCACAUGUCUUACAACCUGAGGUUCUUCAUUCUAAGAUUGUUGCUUACAGGUUAAUCCCAAAGAACUCUGACAAAGAAAUUAAUAAUAAUAACUUUGUGGAAGCUACAUCAGAUUCUUCUGGUAGCUUUGAUGAUAUUCCAAGUCCAAAUGGCCUUUACUCUAUCGAUGGAGAAAAAUUCCCAUUAGCACCUUUACAAGUCGAAAUUAUGCCAAAAUUAUGCAAAACACUUCUAAGGGAUGGUAAAUAUGUUGACACUCAAUUCGAUAAGAUGUAG